AUGCAGUCAGAUGGCGUGGAGGCAAACAUCAAGACCUACGGCAAGCUCAUGGAGGCUGCUGCGCAGGUGGGUGAUGUUCACGCGACGAAGAAGUGGUUAGAGGAACUCCGGGCUAGCUGCUUCACCCCCGAUGUGGACCACUACAACAUGAUGGCUCGGGCCCAUUUCAAGGCUCAGAACUUCCUUGCUGGCCGGCAGUGGCUCUUCGAGGAGACCUUCAGAGAUCGUCUCGCGCCGGACAUCGUGAGCUACAACGAGCUCCUCGCAGCUUUGGGCGAGCUGGGUGACCAGAACGCUGCUGCGGACAUGCUGCUGGAGGCACAAGAGCAGCGGCUGACACCCAACCUUCUGAGCUACAAUGCUGCCAUCCACUCGUGCGCCCAAUGUGGCGACGCGGCUGGGGCUCGUUCAAGAUUGGAGGAGAUUCGUGCAGCGCAGCUUGCUCCGGAUGCUACCACGACCUGCCGAUUGCACUUCAUGGAGGGGCCGCCCGCGGCCCAAGAGCGGCUUGAGCGGCUGAAAGGGCGCCUGGCCCAAGCUUUCCGGCGGGAGUGGACAAAGGAGGAUUGGCGGAUCCACAAUGCCAGCAAGGGCUUGCGCUACAGAGACUCCAUCGAUCAGUGGCCUCUGGACAUGGUCGAGGUCUAUGCCGACCAGAAGUACCGCUUCUAUUUGGGAAGCAUCACCUCCGCAAAAAAGUUUCACGAAAAAUGCAAGCUGGACCUUGUGUUUACGAUGAAUGCAGAUGAUCCGCUACGACAUGAUGGCGAGCUAUCAGAUUGGUCUGCUUAUUUCCGGGACAAGGGUGUCCAGAACUUCCGGUUCGGCGGCCUUGACACCAGCGGCCUGGAACCAGGAUCGAAGAAGUGGGUUCAGAAGAAGGAAGAGUUUCUGAGCAUAUGGUCGGCAGUCGUUGAAGCACUACAACGACACACUGCAGUGUCGGAGAACCGGGAGCAGAUUCAGAUUCUCUUUCACUGCUACCUGGGAACCCACCGCUCCACCGCGGCUUUAGUGGCUGUGCUUAUCUCGCUUUCUAUGAGCACCGAGGAGGCCAUCGACCAUGUCCUGAAGGCUCGUGCUGGGCAGGAGUAUUGGAAGGACAAGUUCUGGAUGCUGGAGGCUUUGCUUGAGUUCGAGGCGCAGCGUGAGGCCUUGACCGUGGCCUCUCCGUCGAAGUAG